GACCUUUGAUCACAUGUUCCUAUCUGUCUGAGCAACCUUCCACUGGGUGAUAAGGCAACACACUAAUCCACAUCUAUGGUGGAUGACAUGGUGUUUGGACAUGCAUCCAAUAACUUCAUGGGUGGCUCGAACAUUGCUCUACUGAUUUGCAGUCUGUCGGCCUGCUGGCCUCCUGGACAACCUCUGGGACAAGCGCCCCUGCGAUUCGCUGCGUUGGGGGACUGGGGUGGGGUUCCAGUGCCUCCGUACUUCACUCCUCACCAGAAGUCCAUCGCAGACGAAGCUGAUUGGCUCGCCCGGACCGCGGGUCUGGACUUCGUCCUAAGCCUCGGGGACCACUUCUACGUCGACGGAGUGAAUGAUGUGGCCGACCCCCGCUUCAAGUACACAUUUGAGAAGGUAUUUUCUCACAAGUCCUUGCUGGCAGUUCCAUGGUACCUGGUGGGAGGGAACCAUGACCAUCGCGGGAGCAUCUCGGCCCAAAUUGCCUACUCCAACAUCUCCCACAGAUGGAACUACCCGUCCCUAUACUACGAGCUCCUGUUCCCGGUUCCUCACACCAACAUGUCGGUGACGGUGCUGAUGAUCGACACCGUGGUGUUAUGUGGGAACACGUACGACCAGGAGCAGCCGAGUGGGCCGGAGGACUCAGUGGCGGCAGAGAUCCAGUGGGCGUGGAUCCUCUCUAGACUCGCCAACAGCAAGUCGGACUACCUUGUUGUGGCUGGUCACUACCCCGUGUGGUCCAUCGGCCAUCACGGGCCCACCCCCUGCCUGCUGGAGAGGCUGCGUCCUUUACUGAAAAAGUACCAGGUCACUGUGUACCUGUGUGGCCACGACCAUGAUCUGCAGUUCAUCAGAGAGGAUGAUGGGAGCUCCUACGUCAUCAGUGGCAGCGGGGUCGUCAGCGACUACUCCUCUGAACACAGGGACAGCGUACCGUUGUCCUGGCAACUCUACUCCAGCCCUGUCAAUCACACAUCUGGAGGAAUGUCUUACUUUGAGGUCACAGAGAAAGCAAUGUCCAUCAGCUUUCUACAGACGGAUGGGAAAUGUGUGUACCGCGCAGAACUGGGACCUCGCAACACUUGAGGGGUUGGGUGCGUUGUACAAAUGUUGAAUUUGAUGCUUAGAACCAGCAAUUUAUUAACCAUAUUCACAGUUUGAUAACUUAAGCUCCUCAUUAGAUAUACAUUCCUUAACAUUGGCAGAGGAACAUGUAUAGAGUUAAUGGAUUAAAUUUAUAUUCACCUUACAUUUUUUUCUUUUUUAUUCUGAUGAAAAUUGCCACAAAUUCCAUCAGGUAAACUUGUAAUGUCAGUUAUAUUAGUGGACAAGCCAAACUGCCGUAGAUAAUGUUAUGUUGGGUAGCCCAGUCCUGUUGUCCGCAGUUGUAACUUCAUAACGUUACUCUACACAUUAGUGUUUCUCACAUAAUGUUUUUAGUUUUUUUUCUAAGAUUGAAGGAAGGAUAUUCAACCCUCUGAAUUGCAGCGAUUUGACGCGGGCGACUAAGACUCGAUCAGCGGUAUCAGUCCUGUGUCUAGCAAUGAAUAACCCACUACUACUGACACUACUACUACCACCAUUACAACUACCACUACUGUCAUUGUAUGCGUUGAAGGAUAAAUGAGUGAAAGCUAUCGCUUUCGGGGGGUCAUUUGCAAAUCAUAAACACAAGGUAACACAAGGAAAAACAUUAUUUUUUUGUUUUAUUGUGAUGUAUUGUUGAAUCAGUAUUAGUUGUUUACAAGUACAAAUGAUACUAAUUAAUUUCAUAACAGCCAAUCAGUGUUCAAAUCAAUGUAAACCUUUACAAAUAAAAACAUUUUUUCUA